UUAUGAACCUCCAUAGGGAACCCCGACAGUUAUUUUGUUCUUUUGAUUUAAUUGAGUUCAGUAGAUUAGCAAAGGGUCUUUUGAUUUUGUUGAGUUUAGUAUAUUAGUAAAGGGUCUUUUGAUUUCGUUGGCCAUAUAGGAUUUUACUACUGUUAUGGCAAAAGAAGGCUAAAGCUGGGAAAGACAACAAUGUCAGGAGCCGGCCGAGGUAAAGAGACCUAAGUUGACAAGCAGGGUUGUGCAGUUAUUUUUCUCUGCUAUUCAUUGAGCAUAUCAGGAGAUUGAUAGACAGUGUGAGAACUGGUACAUAAAAUAAUUUCUUCUGAAUCACAUAGUGGUUCCUAACAUUUAGCAUUUCUAAAAUUUGCCAUUUUUAGCUAGAUCCAAAAUGCAGAGAGGCAAGGUUUAUUUUCCUGGAGGUCCUAUAUUGCAGCUGGUGCUAUUUUGUUAUGUCAAAUUGUGUAUUUUUCCAGCUUCCCUUCCUCAUGUAUGAGCUUGUCUAUGGUGGGAUGGGGAUUCGGAGGAUAAAUGUUAUGGCAGUAAGGAGGUCAAGCGUGAGACGUCACAUGUCAAGGGGAUUUACUAUUUAGUCUCUUCUAAUCAGGUACUACUCAUGUUCUUUCAUGGUAUGGCUUAUGUGACUACGAAGUAUAAUACUUUCUGUUAUUUCUUUGAUCCCCCAAUACAGGUACUACUCAUGUUCUUUCAUGGUAUGGCUUAUGUGACUAUGAACUAUGGAGCUACUCGAGGCAGCAGAACAUUAUCCCACACGGAGAUGGGGAUGGCCAUGCCCGUGCUGAUGCCGUCGGCCGUCGGUGAGAGCAUCACCGUCAACAACGGCUCCAGCGACCUCUCCAGGAGCUUCUCCAUGAUCUCCUCGGGUGACACCAACUCCAACAUCAUGUUCUUCACGCCCGGAAGCAAAAAAGCGAAGGUGCUCAUCGACAGCGACGAUGGCAUGGUCACCAGCCUCAGCAAAAUCGAAUCCCAAGUAGGACAAGCUUCACAUUUUGGCAUGUCAACCACGUCUUUAGACAUGUCCGGCAUGGACGACUAUCUGCAGCUGCAGCAAUACUUCAUCGCCUACACAGUCUGCACCAAGCGUGGCUGCGCCACUCACCCACGAAGCAUCGCUGAGAGGAUUAGAAAGAAGAGCAAGGAAUAGCAAGAGGCUAAGGAGGCUGCAAGAC